AUGGCUAUUAAGAAAUACUCCAACAAACUUCCUCAACAUGCAGUUUUGAAACAAAUCCUCAAAAGAUGUUCAAGCUUAGGCAAGAAAAACGAGUAUGAAGAUAAUGAAUACCCCAUUGAUGUACCAAAAGGUCAUUUCCCUGUUUACGUUGGUGAAAACCGGAGUAGAUAUAUUGUUCCAAUCUCUUUCUUAACUCACCCCGAGUUUCAAUCUCUUCUUCGUCAAGCUGAAGAAGAAUUCGGAUUUGAUCAUGAUAUGGGUCUUACUAUUCCUUGUCAAGAAGUUGUUUUUCAGUCUCUAACAUCCAUGAUAAGAUGA